AUGUCACAAGAUAUCACCGUUUACAAAUCAUUUGAAGAAUUCUACCCAUUCUACUUAAAGGAACACUCAAAUAGAACCAAUAGACGUCUUCACUUUAUUGGUACCUCUUUGGGAGUAUUGUUCUUGAUCUAUUUCAUCUUGACCAAGCAAUACAGUAUGCUUCUUGUUCCAUUCGUCUUUGGUUACGGUUUUGCCUGGGUCGGUCAUUUCUUCUUCCAAAAGAACAGACCAGCCACAUUCAAGUAUCCAGGUAUGUCUCUCCGUGGUGACUUUACCCUUUGGUCUCAAAUCUUGUCUGGUAAGAUCAAAUUCUAA